UCCUUUUUAUUAUUUAUUUAUUUUUGAUCAGUGAUCGGUGCGACUGCCGGGUGAUUUCCGGUCUUGGCUGCACAAAUUGCGUCUAUGAAACGCAGCUCACGUGGGAUCAGAUUAAACUUGGUACACCGUCGCGUCUUUCCCAGCCGCGAGGUUCCAACGCGACGUUUCCAAAGAAAAGAUCUUGUCAGGGCAUAGCGUCGAGCCAAUUUCCGCAGCGUUGGAGUUGCAGACCCGCUUUCUUUCUAGGGCUUGGGUAGGAGGAUGGAUCCUGUGUUGCUCGACGAUAUCAUAAACCGCCUGGUGGAGGUGCGAUCGGCGAGGCCGGCACGGCAGGUUCAACUAUCCGAGGCGGAGAUCCGGCAGCUCUGCGCUGUCUCGGGAGAUAUCUUUCUUAGCCAGCCUAAUCUAUUAGAGCUCGAAGCUCCCAUCAAGAUCUGCGGUGACAUUCAUGGCCAGUACAACGAUCUUCUAAGACUUUUUGAAUAUGGAGGUUUUCCACCUGAGGCUAAUUAUUUGUUCUUAGGCGAUUAUGUGGAUCGGGGAAAACAAAGCUUGGAAACUAUAUGCCUUCUUCUUGCAUACAAAAUUAAGUACCCAGAGAACUUUUUUCUGCUAAGAGGAAAUCAUGAAUGUGCCUCAAUAAACAGGAUAUAUGGAUUUUAUGAUGAAUGUAAGCGUCGGUUUAAUGUGAGACUGUGGAGAGCUUUUACUAAUUGCUUUAAAUGCCUCCCUGUAGCGGCUGUAAUUGAUGACAAAAUACUAUGCAUGCAUGGUGGCCUUUCUCCCGACCUGUCAAACUUGGAUGAGAUUAAAAACUUACCUCGGCCAACUGAUGUCCCAGACUCUGGUUUACUAUGUGACUUACUUUGGUCAGAUCCUGGAAGGGAUGUUCAAGGUUGGGGAAUGAAUGACAGAGGGGUUUCAUACACUUUUGGUGCUGAUAAGGUUUCAGAAUUCUUACUAAACCAUGAUCUGGAUCUUGUCUGUCGGGCUCACCAGGUUGUUGAGGAUGGCUAUGAAUUCUUUGCUGACAGACAACUUGUGACCAUAUUUUCAGCCCCAAAUUACUGUGGUGAAUUUGAUAAUGCUGGUGCAAUGAUGAGUGUUGAUGAAACUCUAAUGUGCUCUUUUCAAAUUCUCAAGCCUGCAGAGAAGAAACCAAAAUUCAUCAUGUCAACGAAAAUAUGAUAAUAAUGAAGCCCGUUUUUUCGAUCACCAUCAAGUUGCAGAAUCAAUUUUGUAGUCUAGAAGCUUCUAGUUUGUUCAUUUCAUGGAGGCUGUAAACCUGUUUUAGGCUACUUGCAGUGAUACAUACAAGGAAAAUGAUGUUGCAGAACUUCUUGACCUAUAGAAAUGGGCUUGGAGUCAUAAACGCUAUUGGUGGAGCUGAAAUAAUGUGACAUGAGCGUCAAGCAAUCACUGUCUCGAAGCAACUAUUGUUCUUACGUAGCAAAUGCCAAAUUUGUUUUCCUUGAUCUGUUUGUAAAAUUAUGAUGCAAAGACACAUAAAUUGCAGCUGAAAGGCUAGAGUGUCUUACUAUUCUCUUCAACAUCCUCAAUCAUCAACUCUUGAUCAUUUUUUUCCCGUUGGGCAACGCAAAGACAAAAAAAUUCUGAUAACGCCACGUGACUUUAUUGCUUAUUGGAAAAUAUGCAUUGCAUGAAAUGGACUU